GAGGCUCGUGCUGCACAGACCCGCCCCUUUUGGCCAAGCAGGACUCUGCAGAAACAAACUCCAACUGCGAACCAAACUUCUAACAUUUCUAGCGUUUGUUUUGUUAUAUUUUCUUUACAUGUUAUAAAGCUUCUCGACUUUAUUGAUACUUUUAUACAGUAGGGAUAACUCAUGCGUAAACAAUGACGCGAGAGGAGGACCUGAUACGGAUAGCGAAAAAGCUAGACAAAAUGGUGUCUAGGAAUAACACGGAAGGUGCUCUUGACCUGUUGAGAGAAUUGCAAAAAUUCAAUAUGACCCUCAAGUUACUUCAGGACACAAGAAUUGGUAUGUCUGUAAAUGGAAUAAGAAAACACUGCAGAAAUGAGGAUGUUGUCACCCUCGCAAAGAUUCUUAUAAAAAACUGGAAGAGGCUAUUAGAACCCAGCCAUUCCCAGAAAGCAGAAAGACCAAAUGAGAUGAAAAAUGGGAGUGGAGACAGUACACAGUCACCUUGUGGACCUUCUUCAGACACAGACACAAGCCCCAAAUCAAGUUUAAACAGUCCCAAGAAAGCAGGUAAUAAGCACAGAAAAGAGACACCUGAGGCAGUGUUUAAGAAAGAAAGACAAGAAAGUGACCACAAAAAGGAAAAACAUGUCAGUAAUCACACAAAAGAAAAGGAGAGGAUCAGUAUUAUGGAUUCGAGUGUAUCUUCCUCUACUUCACCUGUCCUUCCUCUGAAGUGUUCAUCAGUGGACGUGAAGAAAGACAGGACAGAGGCUCCUGAUCCACAAAGUUCUUCUCAUCUUCUUCAUCUUCACCAUUCUCUUCCUGCUCAUAUUCGUAAACACCAGCCUGAAGAGAAGAAAGACAGAAGAGUGGCACCAGAAACUCUGACCUCUCAACAUUCUCAGUCUCAUCAUUCCUCUUCUCAUAAAAGGCCAUCUCUAGAGAUUCCUAAGGAGAGAAAAAAGACUCCAGAUCAAAAUGCCCCAUUUCCUCCUUUGCCUCUUCAUCUGCAUCCUCCUGCUCAGAAACAAUGUGCUUUAGAGAUGAAGAAUCCAAGGAAAGAGAUUGUGAAUCCUGAUGCUCCUCUUCCUCCUCUUCCUCUUCACCUUCAUCCCUCUACUCCUACAAAGCGUCUUUCUUUAGAUGUGCAGAAAGGCAAAGAAAAAGAAAGCAAAGACAAAGAGAGAAAAGAGAUGGUAGCACCAAAACGAAGUGCACAGCAGAUGAUGGCUGAACAUAAGAAACCCAGCAGAGAUCUGGGGGAGAGUAAACCAGCCAAAAGACUAUCUACUGACAUGAAGAAAGACAGAAAUUCCUCAGAUUUCAGUCAGCAGCCUCCGAAAAAACCCUUCAAUGAUGCAAAGAAAGAAAGAAAAGACUCCACAGACUCUAAGUCUGGUCAGCGACAACAAGCGAGUGACUCCAAACCUCAGAGAAGGGACUCGGUUAAUUCAAUGUCGGGAAGCUCACCCCUGUCUAAGAAGCUCUCGGAGGAAAGGAAAGAAUCUCAUGGACCUAAGUUGACUCUUCCUGGAACUGUACAGAGAAAGGUGUCCACAGACAGUAAUGAUGGACGAAAAAGUAAACCUGAGACCCCAAAGACACCCAGCACCCCCACCACCCCUAUGUCUCCAUCCUUCAGCCCUGCUGGUGGUCCUCUCUCCCCUCACCUGCUCACUGGGGACUCUAUCAGGGACAAGUGCAUUGAAAUGCUGUCAGCUGCACUACGCACAGAUGAUGACUACAAAUAUUAUGGAGCAAACUGUGAUUCCAUGGCAGCUGAAAUUGAGGAUCAUAUCUACCAGGAGAUUAAAGCCACAGAUAUGAAAUAUAAAAACAGAGUACGUAGCCGCAUCAGCAAUCUGAAAGAUCCAAAGAAUCCGAAUUUACGCAAGAAUGUCCUGGGAGGAGCAAUCGAGUUGAGUCGCAUAGCCACCAUGACUGCUGAGGAAAUGGCCAGUGAUGAGCUGAAGCAGCUAAGGAACAUUCUGACUCAGGAAGCCAUCCGUGAGCACCAGAUGGCCAAGACUGGAGGCACUACGACUGACCUGCUGCAGUGUGGCAAAUGCAAGAAAAAGAAUUGCACAUACAACCAGGUGCAAACCCGGAGUGCUGAUGAGCCCAUGACUACAUUUGUACUGUGCAAUGAGUGUGGAAACCGCUGGAAGUUUUGCUGAUUCCUGUUCAGAUCAACAGUGAACACAUGGGGUCUUCUUUUUUAAUAUAGAUUGUACUGUAGUGUGCCAUUUUUAAAAGGUUGUAAUGGCUUAAUUGAUUAUUGGAGUUACAAAUCAAACAAUGCCAUACAAUAGGAAAUACAACCAGAACAUUUUAAGUAUUUUAAUUUUGUCUUUAAAUUCAGUACAUUUUUUCAAAAACCUUUUUUCUACCACAUACAUUAACUGCAUGAUUUGAAGUGGAAUUUAAACUAAAAAAAGUUGGAAAUCCAUUUGUAACAGUUAUUUUUGAAAUUUUGCCGUCCUUGAGUGCUUUGUAAAUGCUAGAGCAAUAAUUUAAUGACAAAGCUGAAAAGCUCUAUAUAAAUGAAUUCAAUUAUAACAAUAAAACAAAUAAUUGUUGUAAAGCAUCAAUAUUAGUAUUAGCUUUUCUUUAAAGGCUGUUUGAAUUAAUACACUACAGUUAUAAUGUUAAUGAUUGACUUGUGCCUUAGUAAAUAAAGCUGUAUUUAUACUGAA